CUGCCACCAGGCACAGGAAUCUCUCCUUAGCUCAGCCAGCGGUUACAGAAACUACAGAGGAGUGCUCAACUGGUGUGUGGUAAUGUUGGUCCUGAGUAAUGCUCGCCUUUUCUUAGAAAACAUAUUAAAGUAUGGUAUUCUCGUGGACCCUAUUCAAGUGAUUUCCCUGUUUUUGAAAGACCCUUAUAGCUGGCCUGCCGCAUGCCUGGUAAUUGUGUGCAAUGUGUUCAUUUUUGUGGCUCUCUAUACUGAAAGGCAGCUGUCAAAGGGUUCAUUCAGUGAAUUCACUGGAUUUGUGAUCCACUUCAUUAACUUGUUCAUCCUGCUAACAUUUCCUGCAGUUGUGGUGCUUCUGGUUCCCUCUAUUACUCCAGUUGGUGGUGCAUUUGCACUCGGCAUUUGCACAAUCCUGUUCCUGAAGCUGUAUUCAUAUAAAGACGUGAACCUGUGGUGCAGGGAGCUGAGCUCUGUGAAGGCCAAGAAGCUGGCCCGGUCACUGUCCUGUCCUUCACCGCAGCACUUUAAAGCAGCCGCACAGAAAGUAUGUUACCCUGGCAACCUUACAAUCAAAGAUAUGUACUACUUUGUGUUUGCUCCAACUCUCUGUUACGAGCUAAACUUUCCUCGAUCUCCUAAAGUUCGCAUUCACUUCCUUCUGAGGAGGCUGUUUGAGAUGCUGUUUUUCAUCCAGCUUUUAGUUGCUCUCACCCAACAGUGGAUGAUCCCGAUCAUCCAGAGCUCAAUGAAGCCCCUUGAAGACAUGGAUCUUUCACUGAUGACUGAGAGGCUGUUACGAUUAGCUGUGCCGAAUCACUUGUUAUGGUUGAUGUUUUUCUACUGGUUCUUCCACUCGUCUAUGAAUUUUACAGCCGAGCUGCUGCGGUUUGGAGACAGGCAGUUUUACAACGACUGGUGGAAUUCAGAGACGGUGACUUAUUUUUGGCAGAACUGGAACAUCCCUGUACACAAGUGGUGUCUACGUCAUUUCUACAAACCUCUGCUAAGGAAAGGAUUCAGUAAAAUAGUCAGCCAGUCAGCUGUCUUCUUUCUCUCUGCGUUCUUCCACGAGUACCUGGUGAGUGUUCCUCUCAGGAUGUUCAGACUGUGGGCCUUCACGGGAAUGAUGGCACAGCUUCCAUUAGCCUGGUUUGUUGGCAAAUUCCUGCGAGGUAACUACGGCAACGCUGCAGUGUGGAUGUCAAUCAUCAUCGGCCAGCCGUUCGCUGUCUUGAUGUACGUCCACGACUACUACGUCAUGCACUACAGGAAUGGAGCAGAGUAGUACCUGCACAAGCCAGAACAAAUUCCACUCCAACGUUUUUCUUCUCUUUCUUAUACAUGAACAAACAUAAGAACUGCACUAAUAUAUAGCCAGUUACAGAUACUGUAGUCUAUACCUCAGGAUACUCUCAUCAAAUUAAUGAUUCUGCCAUGUUUACAUAAAACUUCUUAUAGACUUUACUGAGGACAAAAAUGUCAUCAUAAUCUCUUAAUCCUGAACUACCACGCUAACUGUAGGAGGGAACAGAAAAACUGCUGACCUCAGCUUUAUACUCAGGUAAUCGGUACUCUAGUGUCUUAUUAGAACAAAUAAUUGUGAGUCUGGGUUAAAACGUAUGUGAAUAUGCAGUUCUUCCCUUUGUUUUUAAAUUAACAGUAUGAUUUUUGAGGAGAAUGUGUCAUCAUAUAAUUGCAUAACAGGGUUUAAGUGUAUUACUUCAAGUGGGGAUGAAAUUAUCUUUCAAAGUAAUAUAUCUAGGUUACUGUAAUCCGUCCGAUUUUAAAAUGCAAGGAUGGAUGACUGUAGGGUUGCAGUAUUCCGCUGUUUUUGUUUUGUUUCAUGAUUUCUUUAUCAGUUCCUGUGAGUUGAUAUGAUUUCUUAUUUUUAAUAUUAUCAAAAGUGCCAUAUGAAAACAGUUUUCGGGACUAUUGCCAAGUCUUUUUUAUAACUCUGAUAUAAAAUAAAUGUAGAAAGAAACAGGGUAGGAUUUUAUCCAUGUUUCUACUUCACCUUUUUCACAAAUUGUUUUUGUCUUUUCAGUGGUGAUGAAAGUCUUUGUGUAUAAAAGAGUUUGUGAAUUUAUAGAAAAAUAAAAAUGAUAAUGGGUUCUUA